AACAAAUCAAAACAAAACAAAAAUAAAAUUUGCAAAUAGUCAAUUAAAAAUUAAUUAAUAACAAUGGAAAACAGAGAUAUUAGUCCCUGCUACGGUAGAUGCAGGUUCUGUUCGUCAAAAGGCCAUCAUAAAGAUAUCAUGAAGGAAUACAAAUGUGAUGGUGAUCGCGAGGUUUACUACGAGUUGUUUCAAGAAUGUUUUAAUUUAUACUUGUGCACAAACUCAGCCAGUAGUACUCUCAUUUGCUCCUCAUGUGUGGGCAGGUUGAAGGACGCGAGCAGCUUUCGUGCGAUGGUGGUUGAGUCGGAGAAACUACUGAUGAACACACAUGUUGAUGGGCAGCUGUUCAUUGACAUGGGCGAAGCACCCUUGGAGGUAGAUGUGAAAGUAGAAAACGUCUCGGGAGUCAAAGAGGAACUUAUCGACAUGUGUACAGAUAUGGAUGAAGACAGCAACGAAUUUGAUGAUCUCUUGGAGACCAAAUCAGAAAGUGAAUUGGUAGAAGGAGAGGCUAAACUGCUUGCGCGGUUUACGUCCGACAUUUUGAAACCCCUCCCAACGAAAAAGGCGCUCGAAAAUGAACAGUUUUUCAAAGAACUUGAUUUAUUGAAAGGUAGAAUAAUAACAGCAGAUUCGAUAAGGAAACUAAUCGAUCCAACUCCCAAAAGGAUGCAGCCAAAGAUAUACAUAACAGAAAAAGUGGCUCAUGUCAUCAACAUAUCAACUAUUCUAGAACAUUCGAACCUAACACCUUUCAAGACCAAGCGAAGAUUGGGAUUCCCUUGCCUUUACUGCAGUAGACUCUGUGAGAGCUUUGACCAACUCCACGAUCAUCAAAAAACAGAAAAGUGCAGAAAAAAUAUCAAAAGGAUACUAAACAAAACCCCCAUAGAAACUUUAGUAGUUUACGCGUACGUAUCAGAUAUUAGAUGUACGAUUUGUGAACAAAAAUUACCCAACUUAAACGAACUGAAGUUACAUUUGAACAGAAUACACAAAAAGAAAUUGUACCCGGAAUACGGGGAUAGAAUUAUUAUAUUCAAACUCACUAAACUUAAUGAGUACGAGUGUUUCAACUGCGGGUGUAAUUUCGAAAAUUUUGGAGCUAUUGAGAGACAUAUGAACGUGCAUUACAGGAACUAUGUAUGCGACCAAUGCGGUGCCGGCUAUGUGACAAAGAAUAGGUUGAGAGUACAUUUGAAAUGCUCGCAUAUUCGGGGUACGUUCCCAUGCGAUACAUGUAAAAAAGUUUUUGACACUCGAUACAAGUACAAGUCUCACGUUGAUUCUGUCCAUAAAAUGAUUAAGAAGAACAAAUGUCCGAAAUGUCCUGAACGUUUUGCGGAUUAUUUCCAUCGAAAUAAACAUAUGGUGGACGCCCAUGGGGAUCCUCCUUUGAGAUAUAAAUGCAACGUGUGUGAUACUUUGUUCAAACGAAGAUACGCCUUAUCAUGUCAUAUGAAACGUAGACAUUUAGAAGAUAAAAGCGUUCAGUGUGGUUUAUGUGAAUAUAAAUGUUAUACGGGUCCAGAAUUAAAAGUUCAUAUGGUCAAACAUAACGGUGAAAGGACGUAUGAAUGUCUGGUUUGUAAGAAAUCGUACGCUCGUAAGAAAACUUUGAAGGAACAUAUGCGGAUACAUAACAACGAUAAGAGGUUUGUGUGUGUGGUGUGCGGGCAGGCUUUUGUGCAGAAUUGCAGCUUGAAAGGCCAUAUGAAGGCGCAUCAUUUAUAGAAGCCACCUGAAAUUAGUCACACAGGGUAUACCUUGUUCAUCGCUAUUGAUAGCUCAACGGUUGAGGAGCGGACUGAAAUCCGAAACGUCGGCGGUUCAAACCCCUUC